AUGGAACCUACUCGGCGGAUCAACAGAUGGACUCGAGACGAAGAUGCAAUUCUCCUUCGUGAGUUCAAUAAGCAAGAGACUGCAUCAAAUGACCCAACUAAGACCACUAAUUGGCAGAAGAUAGCCCUGUCGUUGCCAGGGAGGUCAAACAAGGACUGCCGGAAACGCUGGUUCAACGUGUUGAGUGGAGACCUCAGAAAAGGUCUCUGGACUCCCGAAGAAGACAGGCUGCUGGCUCAGGCUAUAGAGUCCGAAGGCAAGGUGUGGAUUCGGGUGGCACAUCAUAUCCCUCAUCGUACAGCAGAUCAAUGUGCUAAAAGAUGGCAGCAUGCCCUUGAUCCGGCGCUCGAUCGGUCUAAGUGGACUCAUUUAGAGAGCCAAUCUUUAUGGAAUGCGGUUCAGACGCAUGGACGUUGCUGGCUGCGCAUUCGAAAUGAACUCUUUCCGUCUCGGUCUCCCAACGCUCUCAAGAACCAUUACACGUUUCUUUCCCGUAAUGUUGGCAGGACUUGCAUGAGUUCUCCAGAGCCAUCUCAUAUCAAUAGCAACCCAUACCCCUACUUUAAUAACGAGGGAAUGGUGCACCACGAUCCAAAGAUGCCGAUAUAUGAUGAAACAGACUCAAUCAGCGAAACUAGACAACUGGAUACCCCUUCUGGAACUGUCAGCCCGUUCCCUACCGCUCACGAAGACAUGCUCAUGACAGCGUACGACCUAUCUAGUUUUGACUUUAGCUUUGAUGAGCAGCAAUUUAAGACCGUGACUGGGGAGCCUGGUAUGCCAAAUUGUACUGGUGAUGACGCGCUUUGGCAGCAGGGGUCUGCUGCAGAUUUCUUGCUUGGUAUAGACUCUCCGCCAGGCCAUAACAGAGAUCAUUGCGGUGGAGCAAUUCCAGGAAACUCGUUAAGAUCGCAUGUCUUGGAUGAUCAACUUGGGGUAGAGCAGCCGGGGGUUGGUAUCAGUCCAGUGGGAGGAUUGCAGCCCAUCAAUGGCACGUUCCAGAACCGUUCUGUUAUGACAGUGACUGUCGCUGAUCCAGGGCCAGAGUUAGUGAAUGAUUUUGUUCGUGUCUUGCUGAACCAUCAGCAAGAAGUGUCCAUAGACUUUAGAGAUAUAGACGGGAACCAAUAG